AUGGCCGCUGUCGCUCCCAGCGGUGCCAACGGUGGUGCCGCCGGUGGUCAGUAUGACCACUCGCGCGUCUCCCAAUUCAUUGGCGGCAACUCUGUCGACGUUGCCCCUACUGGCGAGGUCACGGACUUCGUCAAGAAACACGGUGGUCACACCGUAAUUAGCAAGGUCCUGAUCGCCAACAACGGUAUCGCGGCCGUCAAGGAGAUCCGCUCAGUCCGCAAGUGGUCGUAUGAGACUUUUGGCUCCGACCGCAUGAUUGAGUUUACGGUCAUGGCCACUCCCGAGGACCUCCAUAUCAACGCGGAGUACAUCCGCAUGGCGGACCGCUACGUCGAGGUCCCCGGUGGCUCCAACAACAACAACUACGCCAAUGUCGACCUUAUUGUUGACGUUGCCGAGCGUGCCGGUGUGCACGCCGUCUGGGCUGGCUGGGGCCACGCCUCGGAGAACCCCCGCCUUCCCGAGUUGCUGGGCAAGGCCAAGAUUAUCUUCAUCGGCCCCCCGGCCUCUGCCAUGCACUCGCUUGGUGACAAGAUCUCGUCGACCAUUGUCGCGCAAUCGGCCGACGUCUCUUGCAUGGCUUGGUCCGGCACUGGUAUCACCGACACUGUCCUCUCGCCUUCCGGCUUUGUUACCGUCCCCGACAAGGCGUACGACGACGCCUGCGUCCACGAUUGGGAGGAGGGCCUCAAGCGCUCCGAGCAGAUCGGAUGGCCCGUCAUGAUCAAGGCUUCGGAGGGCGGCGGUGGCAAGGGUAUCCGCAUGAUUGACUCGGGCGACAAGUUCAAGCAGGCCUACCAGGCGGUUGCCAGCGAGGUUCCCGGCUCACCGAUCUUCAUCAUGAAGCUCGCUUCGGCGGCGCGCCACCUCGAGGUCCAGCUUAUGGCUGACCAGUACGGUAACGCCAUCUCGCUCUUUGGCCGUGACUGCUCGGUCCAGCGUCGCCACCAGAAGAUUAUUGAGGAGGCUCCCGUCACCAUCGCUCGUCCCGAGACUUUCGAGAAGAUGGAGAAGGCCGCUGUCCGUCUUGCCAAGCUCGUCGGCUACGUCUCGGCCGGCACAGUCGAGUACCUCUACUCGCACCACGACGACUCGUACUACUUCCUCGAGCUCAACCCCCGUCUCCAGGUUGAGCACCCCACCACCGAGAUGGUGUCGGGCUGCAACAUCCCGGCCAUCCAGCUCCAGGUUGCCAUGGGUAUCCCUCUCCACCGCAUCCGCGACAUCCGCACUCUCUACGGUAUGGACCCGCACGGCUCAACGGAGAUCGACUUUGACGGUGACAAGCCCGGAUCUUCGCUCACCCAGCGCAAGCCCAAGCCCAAGGGCCACGUUAUUGCUUGCCGUAUCACCGGUGAAAACCCAGACGCCGGCUUCAAGCCCUCGUCUGGUGCUCUUACUGAGCUCAACUUCCGCUCCAACUCAAACGUCUGGGGUUACUUCUCGGUCUCGUCGGCCGGUGGUCUCCACGAGUACGCCGACUCGCAGUUCGGCCACAUCUUUGCCUACGGCAUGGAACGCAGCGAGGCGCGCAAGUCGAUGGUCGUCGCUCUGAAGGAGCUUAGCAUUCGCGGCGAGUUCCGCACUACUGUCGAGUACCUAAUCAAGCUACUCGAGAAGCCGGAGUUUGAGAACAACACCAUCACCACUCAGUGGCUUGACGGCCUCAUUGCCGAGGGUAUGACCUCAGAGCGCCCGGACACCACCCUCGCUGUUAUCUGUGGUGCCACUGUCAAGGCCCACAUUGCCUACGAGGCGUCGGUCGGCAAGUACAAGUCGAUCCUCGACCGUGGCCAGAUUCCCACCAAGGACACUCUCCAGACCUUCUUUAAGACCGAGUUCAUCUACGAUGACGUCCGCUACUCGUUCGCCAUGGCCAAGUCUGCGCCACUCCAGUUCACCCUCUACCUGAACGGCGGUCGCAUCUACGUCGGCUGCCGCAGCCUCAGCGACGGCGGUCUCCUCAUCUCGCUUGACGGCGCCUCGCACACCGUCUACUACCGCGAAGAGGUUGGCGCGAUGGUCGUCUCGGUCAACCAGCAGACCUGCAUGAUCGAGGAUGAGCGUGACCCUACUCAGCUUCGCUCGCCCUCGCCGGGCAAGCUUGUUCGCUACCUCAUCGACAACGGCGACCACGUUGACGCCGGCCAGGCCUACGCUGAGAUCGAGGUCAUGAAGAUGAUCAUGCCGGUCACUACCACUGAGAGCGGUAUUGCGCAGUUCAUGAAGCAGCCCGGUGCCCAGCUCGGCCAGGGUGAACUCAUCGGUAUCCUCACCCUCGACGACCCUACCAAGGUCAAGUUCGCCAAGCCGUUCACUGGGAUGCUCCCCAGCUUCGAGCUCAAGAACGGCCGCUACGGUACCAAGCCGCAUCAGCGCCUUCGCGAGCACCUCGAGAUCCUCUACGACAACCUUGCCGGCUACGACAACACCUCGGCUGUCACCGCUUCGCUCAAUGUUGUCCAGUCCACUCUCCGCGACCAGGACCUCCCGUUCGCUAACGCGCACGACGUCCUCUCGACACUCCACGGCCGUAUGCCGCUGAAGCUCGAGGAGCAGGUCCGCCAGAUAAUUGACACCUGCCGCAAGGACAAGCUCGAGUUCCCCUCGAACAAGCUCAAGCGCACCAUCGACAGCUUCAUUGACGAGAACGUCGACUUCAAGGACCGCCAGAGUGUCACUGCCGCGAUCGCUCCUCUCCAGACCCUCAUUGACGCCUUUGCAUAUGGUCUCAAGGUCCACGAAUGGCAGAUCUACGCCGACCUCCUCAACUACUUCUGCGAGAUUGAGGAGCCGUUCGCCGACAGCACCCUCACCCAGGAGGAGAUCGUCCUCAAGCUCCGUGAGGAGAACAAGGACCUGGACCAGGUGGUCAAGCUCGUCCUCUCGCACUCGAAGGUUGCUUCCAAGACCAAGCUUGUACUCCAGCUCCUUGACCUCGUCAAGAGCGAGUCGCCCAAGGCCGAGUCGACCACUGAGAGCGGUGUUGCCAAGGCUCUCACUCGUCUCUCCGAGCUCGACAGCCGCCCCACAUCCAAGGCGGCCCUCAAGGCUAAGGAGGUCCUCAUUGUUGGCUCGCUCCCUAGCUACCAGGAGCGUCUCGGCCAGAUGGAGCGCAUCCUCAACUCUGCCAUUACCACCAGCUACUUCGGUGAGGCCGGCAGCGGUCACCGCCUUCCGUCCGGUGAGGCCCUCAAGGAGAUCACCGACUCCCGCUACACGGUCUUCGACGUGCUGUCGACUUUCUUCGACUACAAGGACCCAUGGGUCGUCCUUGCCGCCCUCGAGGUCUACAUCCGCCGCGCUUACCGCGUGUACAACCUCAUGCACCUCGACUACGAGCCGUCCACUGAGACUGGCGGCCCCAACAUCGUCACUUGGAAGUUCAAGUUCGGUGGUGCGGGUCUCGAGGCCGGCACUCCUCGCGUCGACUCGUCGCGUGACAUCACUCGCCUUGCCAGCAUGAGCGAUCUCACUUACCUCGUCCACGCUAAGUCGGAGCCCAUGCGCUUCGGUCUGAUGACCUCGUACAACUCGCUUGAGGAGCUCAAGGAUGGUUUCGCCUCGCUCCUCACUCGCUACCCUUCGUUCGACCGCGAGGAGUUCCGUGAGAAGUACGGCAAUGACGCGCGUGACCCCAACGUCCUCAACGUCGCGCUCCGCCUGUUCCACGACGAGCAGGUGCUGGACGCCGAGCUCCUGAAGGCGUUCCUCGCCGUUGUCAACGAUAAUGUCAAGGCUGUCGCCAAGACUGGCUCGCGCCGCAUCACCUUUGUUGUCUGCCGCAAGGACCAGUACCCCUCGUACAUCACCCUCCGUGAGGGUGCCGACGGCUUCUGGAAGGAGCAGGAGGAGAUCCGUAACAUCGAGCCCGCCCUUGCCUACCAGCUCGAGCUUGGACGUCUUUCCAACUUCAAGAUCACCCCCAAGCCCUCGACCAACCGCCAGAUCCACGUCUACCAGGCUGUUGGCCGUGAGAACUCGUCAGACGUUAGGUUCUUCGUCCGCGCACUUCUCCGUCCCGGCCGCUUCAGCGGUACGAUGAAGCAGACUGAGUACCUCAUCUCGGAGACCGACAGACUCGUUGGUGACGUACUCGACACUCUCGAGAUUGCACAGCAGGAGUACCGCCAGGCUGACUGCAACCACAUCAGCGUCAACUGUGUCUACUCGCUGAACGUCAGCUUCGACGACGUCCAGGAGGCCCUGGCGGGAUUCAUCGAGCGCCACGGCAAGCGUCUCUGGCGCCUCCGCGUCACUCAGGCCGAGAUCCGCGUUGUCAUUGAGGAGGAGGACGGCAACCAGAUCCCCAUCCGUGCGUUCAUCGAGAACGUCUCGGGCUUCGUUGUCAAGUACGAGGCAUACCAGGAAGUCACCAACGAGAAGGGCAAGACGAUCCUCAAGUCGAUCGGCGAUCAGGGCCAGUUCCACCUCCAGCCCGUCAACUUCCCCUACCCCACCAAGGAGUCGCUCCAGCCCAAGCGUUACCAGGCUCACGUUAUCGGUACCACUUACGUGUACGACUUCCCCGACCUGUUCCGCCAGGCUAUCGAUAAGACGUGGCAGCAGAUCCAGCAGCUGCUCCCCAACGUCAAGAUCCCCUCUGACCUUCUUCAGGCCACUGAGCUUGUUCUUGAUGAGCAUGGGGAGCUCACCGAGGUCAACCGCCCGCCUGGAAUGAACUCGUGCGGAAUGGUCUCCUGGGUCUACACGAUGAAGACCCCAGAGUACCCCAAGGGCCGCCGCGUCGUCGUCAUCUCCAACGACAUUACGUACCAGAUUGGCUCGUUUGGCCCUAUCGAGGACGAGUACUUCUACAAGGCUACCCAGUACGCUCGCAAGCACGGCCUCCCCCGUGUCUACUUGUCGGCGAACUCGGGUGCCCGCAUCGGUCUCGCCGACGAGGUCAUGGCUCUCUUCGACGUCGCCUGGAAGGAUGCCGCCAAGCCCGAGAAGGGCUUCGACUACCUCUACCUCACGCCCGCCAGCCUCGAGAAGCUGGAGGCCAUGGGCGAAGGCUCUGUCCAGACUGAGGAGAUCGAGAUCGCUGGUGAGCGCCGCUACAAGAUCACCGCCAUCAUCGGUCUCAAGGACGGUCUCGGUGUUGAGUGCCUGAAGGGCUCGGGUCUCAUCGCUGGUGAGACUUCGCGUGCCUACGACGACAUUUUCACCAUCUCGAUGGUCACCGCCCGCUCAGUCGGUAUCGGUGCUUACCUUGUCCGUCUUGGCCAGCGUGUCGUCCAGGUCGAGGGUCAGCCCAUCAUCCUCACUGGUGCCCAGGCCAUCAACAAGGUUCUGGGUAAGGAGGUCUACACCUCGAACAUCCAGCUCGGUGGCCCUCAGAUCAUGUACCGCAACGGUAUCUCCCACCUUACCGCUGGCUCGGACCUUGACGGUGCCCUCCAGAUCGUCAACUACCUCACGUUCAUCCCUGCCAAGCGUGGCAGCGCCAUCCCCAUCCUCCCCACUGGCGACUCUUGGGACCGUGAUGUUGCCUGGAAGCCGCCCAAGGGUCCCUACGACCCUCGCAACUUCCUUGCGGGUGCUGUCGAGGACGACGGCUUCCGUCCUGGUAUCCUCGACCACGGCUCGUUCUUCGAGACCAUGGGCGGAUGGGCGCAGACCAUUGUCACCGGCCGUGGCCGUCUCAACGGUAUUCCAGUCGCCGUCAUUGCCGCCGAGACCCGCACCAUCGAGCGCAUCGACCCCGCGGACCCUGCCAACGAGAACUCGACCGAGAACCGUGUGGCUCUCGCUGGUACCGUCUGGUUCCCAGACAGCUCGCGCAAGACCGCGACCGCCAUCGAGGACGCGAACCGUGAGGGUCUCCCGCUUAUCAUCUUCGCCAACUUCCGUGGCUUCUCGGGUGGUAUGUCGGACAUGGCUCAGGCUAUCCUCAAGGAGGGUGCCAAGAUUGUCGACGGUCUGUCGAGCUACAAGCACCCCAUCAUCGUCUACCUCGUCCCCAACGGUGAGCUCCGUGGUGGUGCUUGGGUCGUGCUCGACCCCGCAAUCAACCCCGAGUACAUGACCAUGUACGUCGACAACGAGUCGCGUGGUGGUGUCCUCGAGCCCGAGGGUAUCGUCGAGGUCAAGUACCGCCGGCCCCGUGUCCAGGCCACGAUGGCCCGCCUCGACCCCGAGUACGCCAAGCUCAAGGCUGCUGCCGAGAGCGCUGUUGGCGCCGAGGAUAAGGCCAAGGCCGCUGCUGCCCUCGAGGCCCGUGAGAAGCACCUCGCACCCUCGUACCACAAUGUUGCGACCGAGUUCGCUGACCUGCACGACCGUGCUGGCCGCAUGAAGGCCAAGGCAAACUGCAUCCCGUGCGACUGGGAGAACUCGCGUCGUGCCAUCUACUGGGCGCUGCGCCGCAAGCUGUCUGAGGUCCGCAUCAUGAAGAAGAUUGCGGCUGCCAACCCGGACCUCACCUACCCCGAGCGCAAGGAUCUCUUCGCCCAGCUCAUGCCGUCGGAACUCGGUGACGACGGCGAGGUUGCGGCCUUCCUCGAGAAGAGCAGCGACGCGGUCGAGGACUUUGUCCAGCAGAUCCGUGACGACUACUGUGCAAGCAACAUCGUCUCGUGGGCCGGCUCGAACCAGCGCGGCGUCAUGGAGGGCUUCCAGCGGAUUCUCUCGUCGCUGCCGGCAAACGAGCGUGCGCAGUUCGUUGCCUCGCUCUCGCAGCAGUAA